CGUUUGAAGAGUAGGCUGAGGCUCCAAAUUUAAAAUCCUAGCUGGCACCUGAGUACUCAGCCUACCCUAUCAGCACUUCCACUGACGGUGGCACAGCUCACUCCUGAGAGGGACAACGAGUUUGCAUUCAUGCAGUUGAUGCAGGAUUGAGUAACAGCAGAUCACCCUCCACCUUCAGCCUUGCCUGGUACUUGCUUUGAUCACUGUCAAUGCCUAAGACCUGCACUUGGUCUGUUGUCGUCAUCCUCAUUUGGUGAUCAACGGGACAGAAAGAGCAAACAGCAGGAGGAAAAAUGGAAUGUACUCCUGAACCAAACCUCUACGCUGACAACUGCAAAGGGCGGCACUGUUAUGACGACUGCUUUGACAGCGGGUACUCGGGUUUAUUCUGCACCCCUCAGAGCUCCACUGCUGGUGCCCUCUGUAGUACUUUGUCUCCCGUACAAUUAAAUGAAACGCCUAAAGAGAACCUCAGACUGUCCACCUCCCCUGACGACAGGGAACCCAUAAAAUGUUUGAGCAAAGACCCAAGGGGAAUACAGCGGCCGUCACUUUUUAAUUGGUGUGAAACUCCGAAAAGAGAUUCCAUGUUACGACACAGACUUUUACUGCGUAGACCCUGCGUAGAUAUGAAAACAGACAACACAAGAUCCCCGGGCACCCAAAGGGCUGGAAGAUCUGAGCGCUGGUUAAGUGCAUCUUUUAGUACUUUAGACACUGUGACAGGGGCUUUGGCAUCAAGCACUUUGGAGCAGGAUUUACCGCUGUCUAGUAGGAAGCGCCGUCUUCUCUUCGCUCAGGUGAGGACCUCAACUCGAGAAGAUGGAAAACCCAACACUGUUCCCUUUCCUGGUUUUGAGCGAAGAGUUUCCAUUUCAGAUGCAGACUUCAUCGAGAACAUUUCUGCCUCUGGGCAAACUGACAUCGAGUCCCCAUGCUUUAGAGAAUCCCAUUCAUUUUCAUCUAAAGAAAACUCUCGAUCACCAAUCAGCAGGGUGGCAAGCAAUCUUUACGACAAUUCAGCUGUCAUGUGCACACCAUCUUCAACACAAAAACCCAGAUACAUCAGGUCUGUGUGUGAAGACAGUGGUUUUGGUUCUCUGACCCUUGAUAAAUCCCAAGACUCUUCCUCAGACCAUGACGGCUCAUUCCAGGAGCUGCUGCUCUCUGACUCCAGAGGAAACUGUGAAACCCCAAAUCUUGCCGAGACAAAGCGACGCCCCCGUUUGCAGCGCCAGCAUAGGCUUUCUACGCUUAAAGAAGGAGGCUCCCAGUCCGAGGAAGAUCUAACAGAGAGAAAAAAUGAAUGUCUCCAUCAGCUCCACAGCCUUUCUAAAGAAGAUGAGGUUUUUGGAGAUGAAAACGCUGCCUGUGGAGGUGGGUCUGCUAAAUGUAGCUACAGUAUGACCUCUAUUGGUUUCCCCUCUGCAAAGCAAGACUAUGCGACCCCACUAAGAGCAGCCACAACCAAGCAAGAAAACAAGACACCUUUAAGCACAGAUCCUCUCACAGCAACUCCAGAAAGUCUCUCUCUUACACCAGCAUUGCAACUGGUUCACGCCAUGUGCCGGCAGAAUGCCCAGAUGUUUGCUGGCCAAAGUCCAAGCCUAAAGGAGCAGCUGAAGUCCACAGCAGCACUGGCCGAGACCCUGGCGAUGUUCAGGACCACCAUGCCACUGGCGGGGCUGAUUGGCAGGAAGAUGGGCCUUGGAAAGAUCGACAUACUCACAGAGCUGAAAAAGAGAAACCUCAGGCACAUUCUUGGUAUUAUACUCAGCCACCUUUCCUCAGAGAGCAUCUACAGGUGUGGUCGGGUGUGUAAUAGCUGGAAUGAGAUCAUCCAACAAGACAAGCAGGCCAGUUUUAAGAGAAGAAACCACCAAAGCAAAGUGGAGGCUGCUAUAGAGCUUGGUGGUCCUGUCCAUGUCCCUGAUGCAGAGACAAGACUCACUUUGAGUAAGAGAUCAGCCCUUAAGAUGGUUCAGUCCCAGUCCAGGUCUUCAAGUUUCUGCACCCCACAGUCAGCGAAAAGCACUUUGACACCAUUACAGCGCAGCACCCUGAAUCCAGGCAGCAGCAGCAAAAGGGAAAAGUUUCUUGAGGUUGCCAAAACUCUUUUUAACGACGAGAGCCUCAGGCCCUGCCCCCGAUGUCAGAACCCUGCAAGGUGUCACUCGGUGAAACGGGAGGGUGUGUGCAGCAGAGCGGACUGUGGUUUCCGGUUUUGCACAGCCUGCUUGUAUGCUUUUCACGGCUCGAAAGAGUGUGGCAGCAUGUCUGCAGGUCGCCACAAGAAGGACAUUCUUCUUCCUGGAAGUGCUCAGAGCAAGCGAAACAUUAGGAGAUUGUAAACAGAAAGUGGACUGAAUUCCUGUUUGCAUCUGCCACAAAAACAUCAGAUUUUUCCCAUCUAAUGGAGAAGGAAAGCUAUGGCAGCAGGGACACUUAUUUCAGUAGAUAAGCGCAAGUUCUGUAUUUACUAAUGUCUUUAUUCCUGUCUUUUUCUAUAUAUUUCCCCCUUUUUCUGUACAGUUCUUGCUGUUUUUAAUUAUGAAUGUGAAGGGAGUUGCAGCAAAAUGAACUUCUUUUGCUCGUUCUCCUCUUCAUACAUGUUUAUCAGCUGUACAUAGUGUUUUUGGGGAGCCCUUGUAAAGUUUUAGCAAUGAUUUUUCACGUCUUUAGAAUAAAUUUAAAUUUCUUUUUUA